AUGGUAUCGGUCGUUCGGCGUGGCAGUCUCGAGCGUCUCGGUCUUGCCCACUGGAUGUUGAAGGAUGACAACCCGUGGAAUCAAGUGGACGUGGAGGCUGCGCUCUUUGGGGAUGGCAAGACCAAUUCCACUCGCGUCGCGUCGCCCGUGGCAAGAUCCGACAAGAAAACGCCGCGGGGACCUAGCGACGUCAUGGCGGAGUUUGUUCGCAAGUACCAUACAAAGCUCAUCGUCCACGUCGACGUGGGCCACGUUCGGUUUACCUUUCGCCACGUGGGUGCCGCCAACGCUUUGAUGAAGAAGGAGUGGGGAUUCAAUUGCGAAUUCGUCCGCGGGUGGGUUGCGGUGGCGGCGGACCCGGCCCCGGCAGACAUCAGCUCCCACUCCCAUCCCUCGUGA